AUGGUGUGGAAUGUGCAAGGUGCUGGAAGUAGGAACUUCAUCACAGUUCUCAAAGAUUUGGUUCGAAUUCAUCAACCUAAUGUACUUACGUUGGUGGAAACUCACAUGGGAGGUGAGCAAGCAGUAAUGAUAGCUUCGAUUCUUGGUUAUGGUUAUGAUGGGCACUCAAGGGUUGAUGCCUUGGGUUUUAGUGGCGGAAUAUGGGUUUACUGGAAGUCGAAUCGAGUAAAUGUGAGCCCGAGUUUGAAACACAAUCAACACAUCACAAUGGAGAUUUCUCGUGUAGGAGCCAUGCCAUGGUACUUUUCUGCGAUUUAUGCUAGCCCGAAUCCAAUGAAGAAGAAGGAACUAUGGGAGGAGCUCAAGAAUAUUUCCAUGAGUCAUGAUAAACCCUGGCUCAUAGCUGGUGAUUUUAAUGACACUAGAUUCCCUUCAGAAAGAAAUAAGUCAUGUCAUGAAACUAAUAGAAGAUCCUUAUUCAACAAUUGGGUUGAGGACAUGGACCUACUGGAAGUCGAAUUCUCUGGUGCUUCACACACUUGGGCUAGAGGCAAAUCACUUGAAACUCGUCAAAGUGCAAGGUUAGACAGAGCCUUGUGUAAUGAGCAAUGGGCUUUAAGGUUCGAGCAGGCAUCGAUGAGACACCUUACAGCAGUUCACUAG